AUGCACGUUUCCGAGUCUAGAGGUCAGGCAAGAGCUCUAAAUGCGGUGGAAGCUCUCACUCCCCAUCUUCACAAGACGAAUCCGAAACUUCUGGCUCAAGUCGCAGAUGGGUUGUAUUUCUUGUUGAUUGAUGAUGCUCAAUCUAAGAUAUCCUUUUUGUCUCUUCUUGGACCUCAAAUUCUUGUUUCCAUUCUUCGUGAAUAUUCGGAACACCGGAAACUGAUCUACACUGUUGUUCGAUGCAUCCGUUCAUUGUCAGUGUGCCCCAGCAAUAAGCCAGCACUGAUUAGUCUAGGAUGUCUCCCGGCUCUGUACGCUGAGCUUUGUGCUGCUAAAGAUGAGCGUUCUCAGACUGCCAUCCUAGUCGCAAUGAGAAACCUAUCGGAUUCAGCAACAAAUGAGGAGAAUCUAACCCAACUAAUUAUCAAACUUCUGGAAAUUAUUCGCACUGCAAACGAUGGAAUGACUGCUUGUGCAUGUGGAACUUUGAGUAAUUUGACAUGUAACAAUACUCGAAACAAGCAAACUGUAUGUUCGCACGGAGGAAUUGAUGCGCUUGUCACUGCGAUCGGUCGUUUCCCGGAUGUCGAAGAAGUGACUGAACCAGCUCUUUGUGCAUUAAGACAUUGUACGGCUAGGCACUCAUUGGCAGAAGAAGCGCAAAGUGAAUUGAGAAUCUGUCAUGCUUUCCCAGUUAUUCUGGAUCAAUUGGCCACCCUUCGCACUCCUGUUAUCAAGGCAGCUCUGGGUGUCAUCAGAAAUUGUGCUCUCCUCCAAACCAACCUCAUUGAAUUGACUCAAGAGCAAACUGGAGGUGGUCAUACUGCGGUAUCUCUUACAAUGGAUAUUCUUCGAAGAGCUAUUACAGCAAUCGAAGAGAAUCCAGAUAUCGCUGUUGACGGAGUACCAAUGUGGGGAGUAAUUGAAGGGUCUGUUUCUGCUCUUCAUCAAUUGGCCAAUCAUCCAGCUGUCGCUGCUGCCUGUUGUGAUGAUAUGGGACAGGUGGGAAACCCAGAAUUCCCACCAUUCCUUGACCUACUUCAUCGUCUUUUAUCUCACCCAAAAUUGAAUUCAAUGGAAGACGAAGUGCUCGAGCGAGAGAUUCUUGGACUUCUGUAUCAGUUAAGUAAGCGUCCGGAUGGAGCAAGAGCUGUGGAAUCAACUGGAGUCACUGUCUUGCUCAUGGAAUCGCGUGGAUCGCAGUACAAAUCAGUCGUCACUUACGCAAAUGGUGUUCUCAAUAACUUGAAAAGAGGAGAUGCUGCUGGAAUGAUGAAUAUGUCUAAUUCUUACGAAUAUGAGAUGAGCGGAGGAGGAAACGAUUGGCAGCGUGAUGGGCUCGAAAGAGAGUUGUUCGCUGAGAUGUAUCCAACAAAUGAUGGUGGUCACUCGGAAUCCAUCAAUGUCGCUUUGAAUAACUCCCAAAUGCGUCCAAACCAUAAUUGGUAUGAUACCGAUCUGUAA